UAGCGAUGACGCGCCCGGCCGCUUCCUUCAUCCCACAAUCGCUCCCCACACAUAUCCUCUUCCACCUACAGGACACAUCUGCCGCACAUUCUGUUCCACGACCGCCAUCAUCCCAAUAUCCACUACCACCCUCUACGCAAUCCGCUUCACCCCCUACACCCAGUCUACACCAUGUCUGUCCAGGAUAGAGCCCAGGCACAUCUCUCGCAGCUUGACAAAGAGCUGUCCAAGUACCCCGCCCUCAACAACUUUGAGAAGCAGACCUCCGUUCCCAAGGUCUACGCCAUCCUCGGUCUUGCCGGCCUGUACUUCUUCUUGAUCUUCUUCAACAUUGCCGGCGAGUUCCUUGUCAACAUUGCCGGUUUUGUUAUCCCCGGCUACUACUCGCUGAAUGCUCUCUUCAGUGCCAGCAAGGUCGAUGACACUCAGUGGUUGACGUACUGGGUCGUGUACGCCUUUUUGACCGUUUUUGAGAGUGCAGUUAGCGCCGUCUACUGGUUCCCCUUCUACUACACCUUCAAGUUUGUCCUUAUCCUUUGGAUGGCCCUUCCCCAGACUGCCGGUGCCCAAAUCAUCUUCCGCUCCUUCCUCCAGCCCGUCUUCUCGCGCUACUUCUCCGAGUCCGGCUCCACUGCUGCCAACCUUCGCGCCAAGGCCGAUUCAGCUGGCAAGCCCCAUGCUUCGUAAAGCAGCCGCGGUCAGCACCUCUCUGACAGCCGCAUGACCAGGUCAAGACAGGAUACCUCAAACAUCGGUUGCGAGGAAAUCCAAGGGAGUGCUGCCUGCUGUGCAGGUGGCGAACCCUUCAUGUCGUGCGGCUGUUG